GCAAAGUAGAAAGGUUGCAGAGGAUCCCAAGAAGAAGAAGCAAAGACAAAGUAGCCCGGAAAGAACGGCUGCAGAGGAUUCCAAGAAGAAGAAGAAGCAAAGGCAAACUAGCCCGGAGAGAAAGGCUGCAGAGGAUCCCAAGAAGAAGAAGAAGCAAAGGCAAACUAGCCCGGAGAGAAACGCUGCGGAGGAUCCCAAGAAGAAGAAGCAAAGGCAAAGUAGAAAGGUUGCAGAGGAUCCCAAGAAGAAGAAGAAGCAAAGGCAAAGUAGCCCGGAGAGAAAGGCUACAGAAGAUCCCAAGAAGAAGAAGCAAAGGCAAAGUAGCGAGGAGAGAAAGGCUGCAGAGGAUCCCAAGAAGAAGAAGCAAAGGCAAAGUAGCCCGGAGAGAAAGGCUGCAGAAGAUCGCAAGAAGAAGAAGCAAAGGCAAAGUAGCCCGGAGAGAAAGACUGCAGAGGAUCCCAAGAAGAAGAAUCAAAGGCAAAGUAGCCUGGAGAAAGGCUACAGAGGGAGCAAAGGCAAAGUAGCCCGGAGAGAGGCUGCAGAGGAUCCCAAGAAGAAGAAGCAAAGGCAAAGUAGCCCGGAGAGAAAGGCUGCAGAGGAUCCCAAGAAGAAGAAGCAAAGGCAAAAAAGCCCGGAGAGAAAGGCUGCAGAGGAUCCCAAAAAGAAGAAGCAAAGGCAAAGUAGCCCGGAGAGAAAAGCAGCAGAAGAUCCCAAGAAGAGGAAGAAGCAAAGGCAACGUAGCGAGGAGAGAAAGGCUGCAGAGGAUCCCAAGAAGAAGAACAAGCAAAGGCAAAGUAGCCCGGAGAGAAAGGCUGCAGAGGAUCCCAAGAAGAAGAAGAAGAAGCAAAGGCUAUAUAGCCCGGAGAGAAAGGCUGCAGAAGAUCCCAAGAAGAAGAAGAAGAAGCAAAGGCAAAGUAGCCCAGAGAGAAAGGCUGCAGAGGAUCCCAAGAAGAAGAAGAAGAAGCAAAGGCAAAGUAGUCCGGAGAGAAAGACUACAGAGGAUAUCAAGAAGAAGAAGAAGAGGCAAAGUAGCCCGGAGAGAAAGGCUGCAGAGGAUCCCAAGAAGAAGAAGCAAAGGCAAAACAGCCCGGAGAGAAAGGCUGCAGAGGAUCCCAAGAAGAAGAAGCAAAUGCAAAGUAGCCCGGAGAGAGAGGCUGCAGAGGAUCCCAAGAAGAAGAAGAAGCAAAGGCAAUAUAGUCCGGCUAUAAAGGAUCCCAAGAAGAAGAAGAAGAAGCAAAGGCAAUCUAGCCCGGAGAGAAAGGCUGCAGAGGAUCCCAAGAAGAAGAAGAAGAAGCAAAGGCAAAAUAGCCCGGAGAGAAAGGCUGCAGAGGAUCCCAAGAAGAAGAAGAAGCAAAGGCAAAAGAAAACGGAGAGAAAGGCUGCAGAGGACCCCGAGAAGAAGAAGCAAAGACAAAAUAGCCCGGAGAGAAAGGCUGCAGAGGAUCACAAGAAGAAGAAGAAGCAAAGGCAAAGUAACACGGAGAGAAAGGCUGCAGAGGAUCCCAAGAAGAAGAAGAAGCAAAGGCCGGAGAGAAAGGCUGCAGAGGAUCCCAAGAAGAAGAAGCAGAAGAAGCAAAGCCAAAGUAGCCCGGAGAGAAAGGCUGUAGAGGAUCACAAGAAGAAGAAGAAGCAAAGGCUAUAUAGCCCGGAGAGAAAGGCUGCAGAAGAUCCCAAGAAGAAGAAGAAGCAAAG